AUGGCUAGAAGCAACGACGAUCUACGGCGGCAGCGACGGCAGCGACGGCGGCACUGUUUAGUUCAAACGACCACGCUAAACACCGACUCAGCCGCCGAUCAAGAAUCACAAGUCCCGACUGUUGUUAAAGAUAACUUGGUAGCCAUUGAUGGUGAAGAAGAUGAUGGAGAAAAAGAGCUUCAUGAGCUUUUGUUGCCUAACGUCAAUGAUCUCCCCCUCUCUCCUCCUUCUGCAAUUGAAUUCAAUUUCGUCACUUACUUCGCUCCUGUUUCUGGUCAUGUGGCCUUUAAGGAUGAAGGAGGAGUCACUUAUGUGGCUUUCAAUGUUGGAAAAUCCAACAGAAGUGAGAUCAAUGUCAUAGGGAAGCGCAAAAGGAAUGCACAACAUUUCGAGUCCAAUACAGCCUUAUGCAAAGUAUGCACCGACAAUGGUUUCUUUUGUUCGUUGGUUUCUGGUCAUGUGGCCUUUAAGGAUGAAGGAGGAGUCACUUAUGUGGCUUUCAAUGUUGGAAAAUCCAACAGAAGUGAGAUCAAUGUCAUAGGGAAGCGCAAAAGGAAUGCACAACAUUUCGAGUCCAAUACAGCCUUAUGCAAAUUGUUACAAGUGUAUCACUACAAAAUAUUUGGCAAUGAAUUUGUGAUAGAAAUGGCUUGA